AGCGUUAUAAUUCGAAUUUUCUUUAUAUGUCAUCAGAUGACUUUAUUUGUCUACACAAUAAUAAUAGAAAUGUGAUUUCGAACAGAUUGGUGAAGUGUGGUUUAGAUUAUUUGAUCAUCGCCCAUUUCUUAAAGGAGAAAUCAAAUUUAUGUUAAAAGAGUUUGAGGAAAAACGGGGCGACCGUGAAGUAGAGAACCUUUUUAAUGUUAUUGAGAGCUUAACAGACAUAAAAGAUACACAAAUAGAUAGAAUUGUAAAGAGUUCAGCUGCAUUGCCGGUAUUGGGUGAGAAAUUGGGACAGACAUUACAGUUAUCCAACCAAGUAGAAAAGGAUUAUCUUGAAAUUCAAAAGGAUUUUGAAAAAAAGCGAGCAGAGAGAAAAUUAAAGAGAGAUCAAGAAUGGACGCAGUUUAUUGAUGAUAUGAAUUUUAAAUGCCAAAGAAUUGAUAAUACUUUUGAAGAAAAAGAGGAGGAACUCAAAGACCUAUAUGCGGAUCUUAACCAUAAGUUGAACAUUGCAGAUAAAUAA